CCCAUUCAUACAGUGGUAGCUAGGGCUCAGUCGUCAGGGUGCGGAACAGUCUCUCCAGUUGAGCAAAAAAAUCGCAGUAUUAUUAAAAUACAUCAAAUAUCACCUGUUCUUGGCGUGAAUAGACGUAUACGGGAAGAUACCUGCACAUGUCUGUUUCAGCCAAAUAGCAGAAUGAUAACAAUGCCACAUAUUGAAAGGGCAUUCAGAAAAAUGGAGUGAACCUGCACAGCCAGCAUGGCAGAAGCACAUCAGGCAGUGGCCUUCCAGUUCACCGUCACUCCCGAUGGCAUUGACCUGCAGCUCUGCCACGAGGCCCUGCGGCAGAUAUACCUGUCAGGCCUCCAUUCCUGGAAAAAGAGGUUCAUCCGCUUCAAGAAUGGGAUCAUGACGGGGGUGUACCCGGGAAGCCCCACCGGGUUAUUUGUGGUGGUGGUAGGGUACAUGUCUUCAACCAAAUACGCCCUCGUAGACCCCACGUUAGGACUGACGGCCAAAUUGGGGGCUCACAUCCCGCUCAGCAGGUACAUGUCUGAGGACAGCCAACGCCUGGUGGGUGGCGUCCUGGUCGGCACGGGGCUGUGGGUGACCAUCAUCUUCAUUAUGAGGAAUGCGCUGAAGUGCCUGCUGUCAUGGCAUGGCUGGAUGCAUGCCCGCCACGGCCAGGUGUCCUGGAAGACACGCAUCUGGAUGGUAUUUGUGAGGCUGUUUUCAGGCAGGAAGCCAAUGCUGUACAGCUUCCAGAGCUCUCUGCCUAGGCUGCCUGUGCCCCCAGUGAAGGACACAAUGAAGAGAUACCUUGAGUCUGCCCGCCCUCUCAUGGAUGAUGAACAGUUCAAAAGAAUGGAAGGUCUGGCAAAGGAUUUUGAGAAGACGCUGGGUCCAAAACUCCAGUGGUACCUGAAGUUGAAAUCCUGGUGGGCCUCCAACUACGUCAGUGAUUGGUGGGAAGAGUACAUCUACCUCAGGGGGCGUGGACCCAUCAUGGUCAACAGCAACUAUUAUGCAAUGGACUUCCUGUAUGUCUUCCCCACAAACCUGCAGGCGGCUCGGGCUGGCAAUGCCAUCCACGCCAUCAUGCUGUACAGAAGGAAGUUGGACAGAGCACAGAUCAAACCCAUUUACAUUCUGGAGAACAGAGUGCCACUCUGCUCAGCACAGUGGGAGCGGAUGUUUAAUACGUCCCGCAUCCCUGGCGAGGAGACAGACACCAUCCAGCACAUGAAUGAGAGCAAGCACAUAGCAGUGUACCACAAGGGCCGCUACUACAAGGUCUGGAUGUUCUAUGAUGGGCGGCUUCUCCUGCCCCGCGAGAUCGAGCAGCAGAUGGAGCGCAUUCUGGCUGACAAGUCUGAGCCACAGCCAGGAGAGGAGAUGCUGGCCGCGCUCACUGCAGGAGACAGAGUGCCCUGGGCCAAUGCACGAAAGACUUACUUCAGCAGAGGCAAGAACAAGCAGUCUCUGGAUGCCGUGGAGAAAGCAGCCUUCUUUGUAACCCUGGAUGAUACAGAGCAGCGUUAUGACGCAGCCAAUCCUGUGCGGUCUCUGGACUCCUAUGCUAAAUCCCUACUCCAUGGAAAGUGUUAUGACAGAUGGUUUGACAAAUCUUUCAACCUGAUCGUCUUCAAGAAUGGAACCAUGGGCCUGAACGCAGAGCAUUCCUGGGCUGAUGCACCCAUCGUAGGCCAUCUCUGGGAGCAUGUGCUGUCCAUGGACCCUGUGAAGCUGGGCUACACAGAGACUGGUCACUGCAAGGGCGAGCUGCACCCCAGCCUACCAGGCCCCCAGAGGCUGCAGUGGGACAUCCCGGCAGAGUGCCAAAAUAUAAUCACCAGUUCCCUGCAAGUCGCCAAGGCCCUGUCGGAUGAUGUGGACUCCCACAUCUUCCCCUUCGACAACUUCGGAAAGGGGCUGAUCAAGAAGUGCCGGACAAGCCCGGAUGCCUUCAUCCAGAUUGCCUUGCAGCUGGCUCACUACAGGGACAAGGGGAAGUUCUGCCUGACCUAUGAGGCCUCCAUGACACGCCUGUUCAGAGAGGGGCGUACAGAGACGGUGCGCUCCUGCACCGUGGAGACCUGUGCCUUUGUCCGCUCCAUGAUCAACGACGAAUCGAGAGAGCAGAGACUAAAGCUGUUGAAAAUGGCAGCAGAGAAGCACCAGCAGCUGUACCGCUUGGCUAUGACUGGGAAAGGCAUUGACCGCCACCUCUUCUGUCUGUACGUGGUGUCCAAGUACCUCGGCGAGGAGUCCCCAUUCCUCAAAGAGGUGCUGUCUGAGCCAUGGAGACUGUCCACUAGUCAGACCCCCCUCCAGCAGGUAGAGCUCUUUGACCUGGUGAGGCACCCAGAGUAUGUGUCCAGCGGGGGCGGCUUUGGACCAGUGGCUGAUGAUGGUUAUGGAGUGUCAUAUAUUAUUGUUGGAGAGAACCUCAUCAACUUCCACAUCUCCAGCAAGUUGUCCAGUCCAGAGACAGACUCCCAUCGCUUUGGAAACAACAUCAAACAAGCCAUGCUGGACAUCCUGGACCUCUUUCAGCUGGACAACAAGAAGGCCGACAAAUGAUUUCUGAUGUCACCGAAAACAGAAAGGAAACAAUUUUAACACAAAAGGCUCAGAAACCAGUGAAAAUAAUUUUAUGUAGGCCUGUACAGUUAUACUAUGGGAUUUAAUCUAAAAUUAAUAUGUUUAAAAAAUGUUGAAGAAGAAAAGUGAAGGAUAGGUGGAGGGAAAAAAAUCUUUGUGUUACUGGAGGUUUCGUUGGAUUUGUUGUGUGUGUGUAAAUGAAGAUUAGAGGGAGAGCAUUUUUUGGCACAGAUGGAAACACAGAUGUGCUCUGUAAGAUUGUAUGCGCUGGUGCCUUAAUGACCUUGUCUUCUAAAGGAGAGGAGCAAAGAGAGAAGUCAAGAGGGUGUGGCCAGUCCAAGGGAAGCAGGUUGCAGCAUUUACAGACCUGUGGUCUUUCACUGUGAUGUGUGUACAGUGCUGUAUUUUUUAGCUGCUGUUUUUAAAUUAAGUAAUAAAAUAAUUUUUUCCCAUACUCAGGUUUGUGAGAUUAUUGUUAGUUGUGGAGCACCACUGAGAUAGCACAUUGGCAUGGAAUAGGGACAGAGAGGAUGCUGUUCUCGGGCUGGAAGCU